ACUGAUUAUAUGAGUUAUUGAUAGGUAACAAGUUACAGUUUAUUCCAUUUAAUAGUGGCAGCACAAUGUUUCACAUCUGACAAGUUAUCUCUAUGAUCGGUCUAGGCAAUAAUGAGAUUGUGUGAUAUAUAGUUUUGGUGCAUUGCAGAGUUUCAAUAUUUAAGAAAAUGUAUGAAAGAACAGCAGCAAAGUGCCUGAUACGAUUAUUACUCAUCUACCGGGGCGGGUGUUCCGCUUUUUAGCCACUGAACAGUCCUUAUGCAAAGGACGCAUUUACAAGUUUACAGCUUUUGAUAGAUACGCGCUCGCUCACAACAAAGAAAAAUGCGGAAGCUGUAACCGGAAGUACAGUUUAGGAGGAAAAGUUAGCUGGCUGGUUAGCCAGACAGACAUCUCACAUUCCUUGGAAAAUAGACAGGGAAAGGGUGAUGGCAACAUCCAUUUAGGGUACAGAUAGACCUACCGUUAAAUAAUAAAUAGGAAGGGGCCGGUUGAGGACGAUAAACCGUGUCAUCGACGUAGGGAAGCGAGGAAGUAACGUUAGCCCCCUACAACCUCUCGCUAGCUACCAACUGUAGGGAAGCUGCUAGCCAGCAAAAAUAUAGACAGUAAAAAGACAACAUGUCUGACUCCAGCGGCAGUAAACCCUUCAUGGUGACUUCCUCCAUCAACCUCAAAGUCACCACCCCCUCCUUCUACAACCAGCCAAAGAAGUUUGCCUCGGUCAACCCGCCACGCCCCAAAAGCCAGUCCGACCCGUCGCCUCCCCCGGGCUCAACUCCUCCCGCAGGUCCCUCUCCUCCCCCCAGUCUGGUCUCCUCAACACGCGGUGUCGGCACAGCUGUCAUUGGUCGAGUUGGAGUGAUGCCUCCACCCCCACCAUCGCUAUGCGAAGACUUCCCGCCCCCUCCUCCUCCAAUGGAUGAUGAGCUGCCAGCCCCUCCCCCCAAUUGUGCAACCACACCUCCAGCCUCUGAUGCCCCUCCCCCUGCCUUCCCUCCCCCUCCCGCAGUGGAUGACCUGCCCCUCCCCCCCGCCCCGCCUGAGGAGAAUGCCUGUCUCCCCCGUUCCCCGUCUCCCCCUCCUCCACCACCCCCUCCCCCUCUCCCAGUCUCUGGUCCCAGCAGUGUCCCCAGUGCUGGGGAGAACUCUCAGCGUCUGGAAAAGCAGACUAGUUUUGACAAACAGCUGGGCUCUCUGACUGACCUGCUGUCUGAGAUGGAGACCAGAGGACCCUUCAACCCCAAGUUGCCCAGUCAGUACUCAGCUCCUCCUCCUCCUGCCCCCAAGCCUGCAGGGCCUCCCCCCACUGCUCCCAAGCCCAACCUCUCCUUCCUCCCCCCUCCAGAGAUGGGAGACAAACCCCCUCCCGCUCCCUGGGCAGAGGAGCUCAAACUCCGGACGACACACCGACAAGCCAAUAACGCUACAUCUGCCCCAGCUCCUGCCCCACAGCCAUUUGCUAAGGCACCAGUCGGGGCUUCUAAGGCUCUUGGGGGCAUGAAAACGGGGACGUCCAUGCCUCCUGUGGGGCUGAAGAACCAGAACCACGCCCCGGCUCCAUUUGGCGUUGCUCCUAAACCUUCCCCUGUAGCCAGCUCCUUCCCUCCUCCUCCUGCCGCUCCUCCUGCCCCACCAGCCAACAAAGUGGCUCCCCCAGCCUUCAAUCACUCAAAGCCCUCUUCCAUUGACUCUCAGAUGACUGUGAGCCCGCCCCCUCCUGCCCCCGUGCCCCCUCCUCAGCCCAAAGCGAUGACAUCACCACCCUCUUCUUAUAGCCAGCCAAUGAAAUCUCCCCCUUCAUCAAAGCCCUCGCCUCCUGGGCCUGUCUCUGUCCCAGGUGGAGGUGUUCCUCUCUCCAUGAGGGAGGUGGAGGAGCUGGAGAGAAUGACCAAUGCAUUCAUCAAAGACAUGGACACACACGCUCCCGUCAUCACCUCAGCACCUACAGGUACACACACACCCUCCGUUCAUCACCUCAGCACCUACAGGUACACACACACCCUCCGCUCAUCACCUCAGCACCUACAGGUACACACACACCCUCCGUUCAUCACCUCAGCACCUACAGGUACACACACACCCUCCGCUCAUCACCUCAGCACCUACAGGUACACACACACCCUCCGUUCAGCACCUCAGCACCUACAGGUACACACACACCCUCCGCUCAUCACCUCAGCACCUACAGGUACACACACACCCUCCGCUCAUCACCUCAGCACCUACAGGUACACACACACUCCCUCCGCUCAUCACCUCAGCACCUACAGGUACACACACACCCUCCGCUCAUCACCUCAGCACCUACAGGUACACACACACCCUCCGUUCAGCACCUCAGCACCUACAGGUACACACACUCCCUCCGCUCAUCACCUCAGCACCUACAGGUACACACACACUCCCUCCGCUCAUCACCUCAGCACCUACAGGUACACACACACCCUCCGCUCAUCACCUCAGCACCUACAGGUACACACACACCCUCCGUUCAGCACCUCAGCACCUACAGGUACACACACUCCCUCCGCUCAUCACCUCAGCACCUACAGGUACACACACACCCUCCGUUCAGCACCUCAGCACCUACAGGUACACACACACCCUCCGUUCAGCACCUCAGCACCUACAGGUACACACACACCCUCCGCUCAUCACCUCAGCACCUACAGGUACACACACACCCUCCGCUCAUCACCUCAGCACCUACAGGUACACACACACCCUCCGUUCAGCACCUCAGCACCUACAGGUACACACACACCCUCCGCUCAUCACCUCAGCACCUACAGGUACACACACACCCUCCGCUCAUCACCUCAGCACCUACAGGUACACACACACACCCUCCGCUCAUCACCUACAGGUACACACACACCCUCCGCUCAUCACCUACAGGUACACACACACCCUCCGUUCAGCACCUACAGGUACACACACACCCUCCGCUCAUCACCUCAGCACCUACAGGUACACACACACACCCUCCGCUCAUCACCUCAGCACCUACAGGUACACACACACACACCCUCCGUUCAUCACCUCAGCACCUACAGGUACACACACACACACCCUCCGCUCAUCACCUCAGCACCUACAGGUACACACACACACCCUCCGUUCAGCACCUCAGCACCUACAGGUACACACACACCCUCCGUUCAGCACCUCAGCACCUACAGGUACACACACACCCUCCGCUCAUCACCUCAGCACCUACAGGUACACACACACCCUCCGCUCAUCACCUACAGGUACACACACACCCUCCGUUCAGCACCUACAGGUACACACACACCCUCCGCUCAGCACCUACAGGUACACACACACCCUCCGCUCAUCACCUCAGCACCUACAGGUACACACACACCCUACGCUCAUCACCUACAGGUACACACACACCCUCCGUUCAGCACCACAGGUACACACACACCCUCCGCUCAUCACCUACAGGUACACACACACCCUCCGCUCAUCACCUCAGCACCUACAGGUACACACACACCCUCCGUUCAGCACCUCAGCACCUACAGGUACACACACACCCUCCGCUCAUCACCUCAGCACCUACAGGUACACACACACCCUCCGUUCAGCACCUCAGCACCUACAGGUACACAAACACCCUCCGUUCAGCACCUACAGGUACACACACACCCUCCGCUCAUCACCUCAGCACCUACAGGUACACAUACACCCUCCGCUCAUCACCUCAGCACCUACAGGUACACACACACCCUCCGUUCAGCACCUACAGGUACACACACACCCUCCGCUCAUCACCUCAGCACCUACAGGUACACACACACCCUCCGUUCAGCACCUCAGCACCUACAGGUAAACACACACCCUCCGCUCAUCACCUCAGCACCUACAGGUACACACACACACACCCUCCGCUCAGCACCUACAGGUACACACACACCCUCCGCUCAUCACCUCAGCACCUACAGGUACACACACACCCUCCGUUCAGCACCUCAGCACCUACAGGUACACACACACCCUCCGCUCAUCACCUCAGCACCUACAGGUACACAUACACCCUCCGCUCAUCACCUCAGCACCUACAGGUACACACACACCCUCCGUUCAGCACCUACAGGUACACACACACCCUCCGCUCAUCACCUCAGCACCUACAGGUACACACACACCCUCCGUUCAGCACCUCAGCACCUACAGGUAAACACACACCCUCCGCUCAUCACCUCAGCACCUACAGGUACACACACACCCUCCGCUCAUCACCUCAGCACCUACAGGUACACACACACACACCCUCCGCUCAGCACCUACAGGUACACACACACCCUCCGCUCAUCACCUCAGCACCUACAGGUACACACACACCCUCCGCUCAUCACCUACAGGUACACACACACCCUCCGUUCAGCACCUACAGGUACACACACACCCUCCGUUGAUCACCGCAGCACCUACAGGUACACACACACACACCCUCCGUUCAGCACCUACAGGUACACACACACACACCCUCCGUUCAGCACCUACAGGUACACACACACACACCCUCCGUUCAGCACCUCAGCACCUACAGGUACACACACACCCUCCGCUCAUCACCUCAGCACCUACAGGUACACACACACCCUCCGCUCAUCACCUCAGCACCUACAGAUACACACACACACCCUCCGUUCAUCACCUCAGCACCUACAGGUACACACACACCAUCCGCUCAUCACCUCAGCACCUACAGGUACACACACACCCUCCGUUCAGCACCUCAGCACCUACAGGUACACACACUCCCUCCGCUCAUCACCUCAGCACCUACAGGUACACACACACUCCCUCCGCUCAUCACCUCAGCACCUACAGGUACACACACACCCUCCGCUCAUCACCUCAGCACCUACAGGUACACACACACCCUCCGUUCAGCACCUCAGCACCUACAGGUACACACACUCCCUCCGCUCAUCACCUCAGCACCUACAGGUACACACACACUCCCUCCGUUCAGCACCUCAGCACCUACAGGUACACACACACCCUCCGUUCAGCACCUCAGCACCUACAGGUACACACACACCCUCCGUUCAGCACCUACAGGUACACACACACCCUCCGUUGAUCACCGCAGCACCUACAGGUACACACACACACACCCUCCGUUCAGCACCUACAGGUACACACACACACACCCUCCGUUCAGCACCUACAGGUACACACACACCCUCCGCUCAUCACCUCAGCACCUACAGGUACACACACACCCUCCGUUCAGCACCUCAGCACCUACAGGUAAACACACACCCUCCGCUCAUCACCUCAGCACCUACAGGUACACACACACCCUCCGCUCAUCACCUCAGCACCUACAGGUACACACACACACACCCUCCGCUCAGCACCUACAGGUACACACACACCCUCCGCUCAUCACCUCAGCACCUACAGGUACACACACACCCUCCGUUCAGCACCUCAGCACCUACAGGUAAACACACACCCUCCGCUCAUCACCUCAGCACCUACAGGUACACACACACACACCCUCCGCUCAGCACCUACAGGUACACACACACCCUCCGCUCAUCACCUCAGCACCUACAGGUACACACACACCCUCCGUUCAGCACCUCAGCACCUACAGGUAAACACACACCCUCCGCUCAUCACCUCAGCACCUACAGGUACACACACACACACCCUCCGCUCAGCACCUACAGGUACACACACACCCUCCGCUCAUCACCUCAGCACCUACAGGUACACACACACACCCUCCGCUCAUCACCUACAGGUACACACACACCCUCCGCUCAUCACCUACAGGUACACACACACCCUCCGUUCAGCACCUACAGGUACACACACACCCUCCGCUCAUCACCUCAGCACCUACAGGUACACACACACCCUCCGUUCAUCACCGCAGCACCUACAGGUACACACACACACACCCUCCGUUCAGCACCUACAGGUACACACACACACACCCUCCGUUCAGCACCUCAGCACCUACAGGUACACACACACACACCCUCCGCUCAUCACCUCAGCACCUACAGGUACACACACACACACCCUCCGUUCAGCACCUCAGCACCUACAGGUACACACACACCCUCCGCUCAUCACCUCAGCACCUACAGGUACACAUACACCCUCCGCUCAUCACCUCAGCACCUACAGGUACACACACACACCCUCCGUUCAGCACCUACAGGUACACACACACCCUCCGCUCAUCACCUCAGCACCUACAGGUACACAUACACCCUCCGCUCAUCACCUCAGCACCUACAGGUACACACACACACCCUCCGUUCAGCACCUACAGGUACACACACACCCUCCGCUCAUCACCUACACGAGUUCAUUGUUUCAUACUACCAUACCCAAUGUAUCAGAAUGAACACUAUUAUCAGAGUGUCAUUAUCUUGUCCAGUUCCUGCCUGACAACACUCUUUCUCAGUAUGCUAUUGGUUCUGAUGGUCUGGGCUGUAGUUCUAAUAGUUUGGGCUGGGGUGCUGAUGGGCUGGGCUGGCGUGCUGGGGUGCUGGGCUGGGGUUUUGAUGGGCUGGGAUU